UUAUCUCGGCUUGUGCUUUAUGUAGUUGGCGUCUCCUUCUUCUCUCUCUCUCUCUCUCUCUCUCUUCUAAACUUUGGCCUUCGCUGUUCCGUCCCCUGCAAUCUCAAUCUCCUCCUCGAUAAUUUCGAUCACCGCCUCGCUUCUGAAUCCCGUCUCUUUGGCAGAGCCUCCCAUCCGUCUCCGCCAAGGUACAAUGUCCUCAUAUGCCCGGAAUUACCACCCCAGAGGGGGUACUUACCGCAAUGACUAUUGGUCCCUAAACAAUAGAAAUAGCUUCAACAACAACACUUACAGGAACCGGCACGUUAACUAUGCCAAGAACUAUAACAAUCACUAUCAGGGAUCUGGUCAAGUUGGUGAGUUCAUCGGUUACUCCAAUUUCGAAGACGUGCAGCCUGAUGGACCGCCGUCUAUGAAAAGAAGAAGAUACACAUCCUCGACCUGGGGAGACUGUAGGAGGAGUUAUGUUCCUCCUACUACAUGUGACAAUGCCUCUUUUGCUUGCAACAAUGUGGUGCCUCUCCCUUCAAGAUCAAAUGCCGAUGCCUCUACAUCCAAUAGUAAUAAACGUGACCGUUCUCAUUUGGAUGAUGAUGAAAUGGUGUUUAUGUCGAGGGAUGAGAUUGAGAGGCUCUCCCCAUCAAGAAAGGAUGGAAUUGAUUUGAUACGCGAAAACCAUCUGCGGUACACGUAUUGCAAUUUUCUUCAGAAUCUCGGGCUGCGCCUUGACUUGCCACAACCCACCAUUGGAACUGCCAUGGUUCUUUGCCACCGUUUUUUUGUCCGACGAUCUCAUGCUUGCCAUGAUAGAUUUUUAAUUGCUACUGCUGCUCUCUUCCUUGCUGCAAAAUCUGAGGAGACUGCACGUCCUUUGAACAAUGUCUUGCGGGCAUCCUGUUAUUUUUUUCACAAGCAGGACAUCUCUUACCUGUCGUAUCUUCUCCCUGUUGACUGGUUUGAGCAAUAUCGUGAACGGGUGAUUGAGGCUGAGCAACUGAUUUUGACCACGUUAAAUUUUGAGCUAAAUGUGCAGCACCCAUAUGGUCCCCUCACAGCAGUUUUGAGCAAGCUUGGUCUUUCACAUACUGAUCUGCUCAGCCUGGCAUUAAACUUGAUCAGUCAAGGAGAUUGUAAGUGGUUAUAUAGUUACAAUGAUGUUAUGGGCGUCAGAACCUCGAUUCAUUGCGGACUGGUAGAAGUUUGAGGGGGUGUAAUGCUCAAGAGGGGAGUAUGGUAGAUUUCUUUUUCUUUUCCAUUUGGUCCUUCCUUUGCUUCACACUCAUGAUUUCUCAUUGAUUUUCUCCUUUAAGCAUUGGAAUAUUGAUUUUUUUGGUCUGGCAUAUAAUUGCAGGGUGUACACAAGAUUAGAGUGCUCAUCUAUGUGAUAUUCUUAGCUGGCGGUUGAUGUGCUGUCCAUGGAAUUUUGUUUUUCAACUGACGUGCUGCUAACACUGGAUGCUUUUGCCAUAAACAUGUUUCAAUCCCCUCUUACAUCAGUUGUAAAGAUGGUUUACAACAACUCUUUAAGCAAUGUUUUUUUUCUACCUAACUCAUCAUUUUGGACUACUGAAGUUCCCCGCUAAUUAUUUUCCAAUUUUCUCUUUUAAUUCAAAAUCAUUUUAAUCACAUAUUGUGCUGGAGCCGUUUUAGCUGGGAUGCCAGUUGAGAUCAUGUUAUAUAUAUAUAUAUAUAUUUUGGUUCCAAUAUUUAAUUACCACAAGUGCUUAUACCCUACUAGAGUUGAUGGCUAGGACUCUUGUUUUAUCCUCCCUCUCUUGCUCGGUUUCUCUAGCAUGCAUUACCUUAAAAGUUACAUACAAAUUUUUUUUUCAUGUGCCCUUAUUUUAGUUUAGCAGUUAAUAAUCUUCUCAAAGAUGACAGUUUUCUUGGUCUUCAGAGUUAAAAGGUUUGAGCUUGGACCUCUGCCAUCUCCUUACAGAAAUUAUCUAGCUUUCCUCCCACCAUUUAAAUCCUUCUUGGCCAAGUAAAAGAUUUUAUCAAACUGCUGAUUGGUAAUUGUCUAGUAAUAAUCAAAAGAAAAUCAUUGUCACAAAUGAACAUAACAACCAGAAAGGUCCACACAGUGUAAGGUGUUGUGCAUGCUAGAUUAACUGUGAAAUUUAUCUCUCACCUUGCUUAUAAGAAUAACUAAAUAAAUAGGAAAGAGGGGGGAAGAAGCUAAAGCGGAAGAGGGUAGGUCCUUCCAGGCAUGCAAUAUACAGUUGAAUUGCAUGUUGCUGCAUUUAAAAAAUUGUUUUAGGACCCAAAAAAAUGACGAUUUUGAAUGUUAAUUGAACUAAUAAGGUGGUUCAAGGGUUGAUAUUGACACUUCUACUGUUGGUAAUAUUUUUUUUAAUAUAUAUAUAUAUAUGUAUAUAUAUCUGUUCUUGAUCCUUCGAUGCCAUUAAAAACUGGUGGACUUUGGAGAUCUGGGAGGAAAAUGAAAGAUUUUGAAUUGUUGGAGUGAUUCGUCUUCUUGGUUGUUGAUGGGGAAAAGGCCCAUAUGGCCUUGGAUGAGAAAACAUUAUUAACUCAACUGUUGCUUCACCUGCAUGUAGGAAAAGGAGUAGUUGAUCAUUACUCCUAUGUGUUGGUUAUAUGAAUAUAUUUGGAGGACACAGACAUUUCCAUGUUUAUUUUGAUGGAGAGCACUGGCUUGCCUUCUGAAACUAGGAGUAGAAGUAGUUGGCUUCAUCACUAAGUGGAUAGCCUCUGGAGGGGAAGCAACAAUGAGCUUUGCAGGGCUUGUGUUGUGCUUAUCUGAUUCAUUGUCUUCCUUCGACCUAACGGAAUCUUCAGUGGCUCCAUAUGCAUGAGUUGCAUCCUUUUCACACUUGUCGUAUUCUUUUCCAUAUGAGUGGUCAAGUCAUCCUUGAUACAUUCCUCUAUUUUCCUCUAGUUUCUCGCCUUAAACUAUUGGUAUUCUUUCAACACUACCACACCUUCCCAUUGUGAUGCCAUCUUCUCUCAAGAGCAGCUUCUGAUGAUUUCCCUACCUGGUCUAUUAUAGUUGUGAAGUUUCUCAGUUAAAAUCUUUCUGCUGGUCAGCUAGAUUCGUUUUCAAUCCAUCCAAUCCACUUCCCUUAUAAGCACAAGAAUUGAGGAAGGAGAAGAAGAUAAAAGCAGGGUUGGGAUAGAGGAAAGCCUGUACUGUUUAAUAUGAUGACUCUCUGGGGGGAGCUUCCAUUGCUAAACGGUGAUAAUGUAUAAUCAUUCACACAUCAACUUCAUAAAGUGGACCCUAGAAAGUUUCAAUUUCUAUUUCAUUGAUUCUGCAAGCUGCAUAUCGGAUAGGAUACUUGAAGAUUUUAUAUGUAAAAUGUAAGUGGCACAUAAAAGGCAAGAAAAGAAGGGGGGAAAGGCUUGUAGGAAUGAAAUCAACGCAACUUUGCUCUGAUCAAGGAUUUUGGGUGGCCAUCACGUUAGCAGACCUUCAUGCAAUCAUCUCCAACAUGCUGAUUGUUUGGCAGAAGAUUGUGUCCUCUUCUCUAGAGAAGUGUAGACUUUCAUAUAUGUCGCACUUUCUCGUUGAUGAAUUGAAUGUGUUCGUGGAGUCAAAUGAGAGCCCCUGCUGCAGUCUUUGGUGUCGGAGUACAUAUAUCAUAUUAUACUAUUAGAUGUGUGCUAUAUUAUGGUACUCUUAUCAUCAAUCGAUGCGAGAAUCUUGGAAUUUUUUCCACAACGGUUGGCGCUUUUCUAUUGGUAAGAGAAGUAACUAUUGCUUUACUCUUUCUUCCCUAGCUAAUGCAUCAUUCAUGUCUAAAAUCUCAAUAGAUGCCGUGUGGCAUGUUUCUGCUUCUGAAGCUGAUGCUUUUGGGUUUGGCUAUUUAACUCUCUCUCAAUAAUUUUGUCAGAAAAGUCUUCUCUGUUUUAUUUGUUCUUAAAUGCGAUUAUUGUUCUCUUCAGGCUUCGGAGCUCGCUUUGGCUUCAAUUUAGACCCCAUCAGAUUGCUGCUGGAGCUGUCUAUCUUGCUGCACGGACCCUCAAGAUGGAUCUUUCACGGUAUCAUAAUAUCUGGCAGGAA